CAGUCCGUUACGCUGCACACCACUCACGGAGACCUUAAGAUCGAAGUCUUCUGUGAGGCUGUACCCAAAGCCGCUGAGAACUUCUUGGCAUUGUGUGCAUCCGGAUACUAUGACGAUUGCAUAUUCCACCGCAACAUCAAGGGCUUCAUGAUUCAGACUGGCGACCCUACUGGAACCGGGAAAGGCGGUCAGAGCAUAUGGGGAAACCCUUUCGACGACGAAGUACGCUCUACCCUCAAGUUCAAUGCACGCGGUGUCGUUGCCAUGGCCAACUCAGGUCCUAACACGAAUAAAUCCCAGUUCUUUGUCACUUACUCCAAGCAGCCCCAUCUUGAUGGAAAAUACUCCAUAUUUGGGAAAGUUAUCGAUGGCGCUGAUUCCACUCUCGAUUUGAUGGAACGGGUGCCCGUCAACAACAAAAACCGGCCCUUGGCAGAGAUCAAGCUAACGCAUGUUACGAUCCAUGCCAACCCUAUAGCUGAUGCUCAGUUGGUUUCGCGUUGA